CAGCGAUUGGCUCCCGGGCCUGCCGCGAGAUUUGAAAUGGAACCGGCCGGGCUCUGGAGGAGCCUUGGGGCCGCAGCGGGGGACUCUGCGCCUGCGCAUCGCCGGGAGCUAGAAUGGCUGUGUCUCACCAGGAGUCUGUCUUGGCUAUGAUUAAGGAGUUCAGAAGGAAUUGGCGCGCUCUGGGUAAUUCUGAGAGAACCACUGUGUGUGGCGCAGACUCCAUGUUGUUGGCCUUACAGCUUGCUAUGGCGGAGAACAACAAGCAGCAAAGUGGAGAAUUUACUGUCUCUCUCAGUGAUGUUUUAUUGACCUGGAAGUACUUACUACACGAGAAAUUGAACUUACCAGUUGAAAAUAUGGAAGUGGUUGAGCAUUACAAGGACAUUAGGAAAACUUAUGAUGAUUUCUUGAAGAACAGUAAUAUGUUAGAUCUGAUUGAUAUUUAUCAAAAAUGUGGGAUUUUGACUUCUUAUUGUGAAAAGGACAAGAUGUCACCUAGUCAACUACGGGAUUUUCUGUGUGGCAGUCCGUGUGCGUUAGAUGAUGAAGCUGACCGUCGUGUCCCAGCCUCACCAGUGCGUGACCACUGGCAGGACAAUGAAAAGGUGUCUAUACUGGCGAAGAAAAUUAUCUUCUCAUAUUUAGACUUGCUAGUGAAUUCGAAGAAUGACUUGGCUUUGGCUCAUAUUCUAAAUAUUCCUGAUAGAGGACUUGGAAGAGAAGCCUUCACUGAUCUGAAACAUGCCGCUCAAGAGAAACACAUGUCUAUUUUUUUGGUGGCCACAUCAUUUAUUAGGACACUAGAGCUUGGAGGGAAGGGCUAUGCACCGGCGCCAUCUGAUCCUUUAAGGACACACACAAAGGGGUUGACGAAGUUUAUUAACUUUAUUGACAAAUUAGAUGAGAUUCUUGGAGAAAUAUCAAAUGCAAGCCUUGCAGGGGGUCGAAUCCUGUCCGUGAUAAAGAUGCAGCUGAUGAAAGGCCAGAAUGGCAGGGAUCCUUUUUAUAAAGCAGUCGAGGAAGUUGCCCAGGAUUUGGAACUGAGGAUUAAAAAUAUUAUCAAUUCUCAACAAGGAGGCAUAGCUGCUAGCGCUACAGACAUCAGUCCUGCUCGGCCAAAAUCUCAUGCCAUUAACCACGACACUGCAUACUGUGGGAGAGAUACUGUGAAAGCCUUACUAGUUCUUUUGGAUGAAGAAGCAGCCAGUGCUCCUACAAAAAACAAAGCAGAGCUUUUAUACAAUGACGAAAGCACAGAUCACCCUAACAGAAUGUCUGUUCUCACACUUUUCAGGUCUCCCACACAAGUGAGCAAUCCAUUGAAACCCUUAAGAGAACGCAUUCAGAAGUCAAUGCAAGAGAAAAACAUUAAGACGAAACAAACCUUAAUUAGAUCCCAGUUUGCUUGUACAUAUAAGGAUGAUUGCCUGAUAAGCAAGAAUAAAUGUAAUAAUGUUAAUUUACCAUCAAAACGUUUGUGUGUGCUUCGCAUGGAAAGUGACCCUACUGAGGAUGUAAAUUCAUCUGUUGGAAGAUCAGCAGUUGGAACAAGCUUUGGAAGUGUUCGUCUGGACAGACGUAAAAAUGAGAAAGUGUCAAGCAAAUCAGAUAGUCAGACAGGAAAUAAAAGCUCAAAAAGGAAACAGGUGGAUUUGGAUCGUGAAAAUAUUUUCUGUGAUAAUGAAAAUGAACUAUCUCAUCCUAAAACUGUGAAGAUACCUAAGAUACCAAACAAUUCACACAAUAAACUGGAUGGGAAACUAGCCAGAGUACCAAAAAGCAGUAAGUGUGUUGCCAAGGACAAGUUGAUUGCUGGCCAGACAAAGCUAACUCAGUUUUUUAGACUAUGAAUUUGUUUUGUUUUGGAUUUAUGUGUAUGUAAAACCAGUUUACCAAAGAGUCUUAGUUUUAAAGAGAUUAAGGUGCAAAUUAUGGUACUUUAUUAUUUUGGUCUGAAGUGUAUGUAGACUACUGUGUUAUGCGUUGUUCAAAAAAUACUAGUAAGUCAUAAUUAUGCAGAAUUUUCGGAGUUUAAUACGUAGCACAAGCAUGUAGUUUAAGCUAUUGAUAUAUUUUUAAUAUUACUUUCUUGUAAAACAGACAUUUUAAAACAAACAUUAUAAAUAAUACGCAAGUUAUGGUAAUAUUAAGGGCUUUUCUCCCCAAUGGCAAUGAAGUGGUUUUGUUUUCUUCCAAAGAGAUGAUGUGGACCAACAGACCUCAGACUUGCCAACAUGGUCGGUAGACUCUUCCCAGCAUGCACCUGAGCACUGAAGGGAAAAAGAAAGUUUAAGUUGCCCAGCAGCAAAAACAAUGCAUCAAUAAAAACUAAUUCCUGGUAAAUCAAAGUUACGAUAACCAACCAGUUCUUUUAAUCUCAUUUUUGGACAGAGAUCACUUAACAUCAGCCAUAAUUGAACCAUUAUCUCAUUCGGUUUUGUGAAUGAUUGGAUCCAAGUUCAGUUAAACUCAACAGUUUUAUUUUAUGAUAUUAAAAUACAAAAUUGGGUUUAAAAAUACUACUCACUGUCAAAAUCUCUCCUUCCUAUAGGGAACUUAGCUGAAUUUUCUUCAUCCUCAAUCUCUCUCUUUUCUUGUGUUGAUUCAGUAUUCUGAACUCCAUUCUCAGGUGGAAAAGCUACUGAUCCUUUUAGUGCAAGAAAAGGCUUUAGAGCCAGAUUGAGUGGCAGACCAUGAUUUAAGAAAUUAUGUUUGGAGCCUGUGUUCUGUAAAAAGAAGGUUGAUUUGUAUUUAUUUGUUCUACUAAGAAUGAAACUACAUGCAAUUUAUAAGUAUCUUUACUGAUCAAGGAUGCUCUGCACUAUUUUUAACUCUUUAAAAAUACGUUAUAUACAGGUUUAUUAGGAAAGUUAAAGUGGUCUGUAUGAAAUUUCAUCAACUGUCUUAAUGCGCAUUGUGACUAUGUGCAUAUACUUCUGAUUAGUAAACCAAACA